GCUGCAUUUACAGUGCCGUUGCCGAGGCAACAGAAGUCGAGACUCAGCGCUGCUCUUGACAGAAGACCCCAGUAUAAGUUACGGAGAGGGCAGCAGAGUUGUGUGUGCAGGUGUGAACACUCGCUAAAAGUCGUAACAGAUCUUCCCAGCUCUUUUGACACUUCUUCUUUGGUUCCAUUUAUUUAUCUGCAAUCAUGCCGCUUCCUGAUACUAUGUUCUGUGCUGAGCAGAUUCACAUCCCACCAGAACUGCCAGAUAUUCUAAAGCAGUAUACCAAAGCUGCUAUACGGACACAGCCUCAUGACAUCAUUCAGUGGUCUGCAGCGUACUUUUCCGCUCUGUGUGCAGGGGAGACACUUCCUGUCAAGGAAAGACUUGAAUUGCCAGUAGCAACUCAGAAAAAUGACACAGGGCUGACACCCGGCCUUCUGAAGAUUUUGUUUAAGCAGCUUGGGUACAAAGGGACAGUAACACGCACAGAGCUGGAACAGAAAUGGACAGAUCUUUGUCUGCCAAGAGAGCAGCUCAGACAUUUGCUGAUGCUUGGAGGUUUUCAGGAAAGCGUGGAAUGGAGAAAGUUUUUUGCUCUUGGAUGUAGUGCACUUGGUGGGACUAUCACCAGCGCACUGAAGCAUGCUUGUGAAAUCCUUACUUCUGAUCCUGAGGGAGGAGCCGCUCGCAUUCCCUAUGAAACCUUCCAGAGUAUCUACACAUACCUGGCUCAUCUGGAUGGGGAGAUCUCGGAGGCUGAGAUUGCAAGUUUCCUCAGCAACAUUAAGGAAGAUGUGGAUCGACAAAAUGGAAUGGUUCAACCCAGAAACUUCAUGGGAACGAAACCUGCAGACAUAAAGGAGACAGAAUGACUUUAUUUUGUACAUAUGCAAAUAUUACGGUUGAUCAUGGUUGUCAAACUCCACUACUUGACCACUGAGGUGCUGGUUUUUCCUUUCAAACAAGCUUUUGUCGGACACAAAUGUUAUUUUCUGGUUAAAAUAACGGGUGCAGCAAGAGGAUGUGAUGAUUUAUGACAGGAUAAAUGAAUGGGUACAUUGAAUUAGAGAAGAAAUGAAGUACUCAAAAAAUGAAUCAAUGCAGUUUAUCUGGCAGUCUGAAAUGUUCAUGCUGAACAUGGAGGGCUCUGCUCUACAGCCCGUCUCUCACCCUUUUGAUAUGUUCUGGCAUUCUUACAGUUCUUGAUCACCCAUCAAACAAGUCCUUCACUCUACCAGUAGACUGAAAGCUAACGUAAACCACUUUAAAAUAGCACUACUAAUAGAAGGAAUUCUUACUGUACUUGCCAAGGUGCAUUUAAUUUAAAACACAAUCUUCUUUACACUGCCGUUACUGAUUUGGAUUCAGUGUAUGUCCUAAUGGCAAAACACACGAUGAGGCAUCAACCUGUUGUCCAUCGCCACUCAAACUACAUUUAAUGUACCACACUGUCCCGGCACCUUGUACAUCUCCCAAAACACCCCAGUGAUUGUCACAUUCUUGUGCUGCCCCUGUUACUUUCUGUAUUGGAUGUUGGUUCUCAAAAUGUCUUUACAUGUUUAGCACACUGAUUUGUGUAACGUUUUUUUUGGUGCUAUUACUAAAGAUGUUUUCCAUCAUAAGGUAACAUUCUCAAAUGUGCUUAAUCCAGUUCAGGGUUGUGGAGGGCCAGAAGGUGAGAAACAGACCUGGACAGAGUGGCAGUCCUAUGAAAGGCCUUGCAAUGUCAAAUCUCCUCGUCAAACCAGCGUAAUUCAGUUCGGCAUUACAGGAGGUUGGAGCCAAUUUCAGAGGUGCUGGGCCAAAGCAGGAAACAACCCUGGACUGGGCAUCAACCAAUCACAGGCUCCAGUUUUUUAUAACGUUUUUUUCAAAUGUUCAGGAAAUAAUUAUUUCAAAUGACUAGCCAGUAGUUGAUGUGCUCACACUGGUGCAUGUAACACCACGUUGCCGCUAUGUCGAGUGAGUUUGCUGAAUUUCAGGGGCUACUUCUGCAUCAUUAAGGAUGUCAUCUUUAGUCAUGGCCCUUGCACAUCUCUACACGUUUCUUCUAUCGGACCCGUACUUUGAAAUGCUGCCCUAUCCAGGCUUUACACCUGCCUUGCGCUCGAUGCUUCUGGGAUUGACCCUGAACUGGAAUAAGC